AUGGGACACCCUGAUGCAGACGUUCAUCCAGUUGCUACUGGUGCCGCAAAGACAGUCGUAGACCGUCAUCAAGAAGAUCAGGACCUUAUCCUUUAUGGAAGUUGGUUCUGUCCUUUUGUUCAACGUGUUUGGCUUGUCCUAGAAGAGAAGAAAGUUCCUUAUAAAUGGGUUGAAGUCAACCCAUACAAUAAGCCGGACUCCUUGAUGAAAAUCAAUCCCCGAGGCCUGGUUCCAACAGUCGAGCACGAUGGAAAAGCCCUCUAUGAAUCCAGCGUCAUCUGUGAGUUCAUUGAGGAUGCCUAUCCGGAUCAUCAAAAGUUGCUCCCAGUUGAUGCGUAUGAUCGAGCAUACUCAAGGCUUUGGAGCGACUUCGUGUCCACCAGGAUUGUCCCGGCGUUCCAUCGCUACCUCCAAUUUUUGCCAGUCACCGACCUGCCUGGGCUGGAAGAGAAGAGACAAGAGUUCUUGGACACUCUACUCACUUUUUCGAGAGCUAUGAGAGAGCCUAAGGAAGGUGGGUUCUUCUUUGGAGGCUCAAGUCCAAUGAUGGUGGACUUGAUCGCGGCUCCUUGGCUACAAAGGCUUUGGGUAUUGGAUGAGUACAAGGGUCCGUUUUUUGUCCCACUAACGACCGAGUGGAAGAGAUGGAACGAUUGGGCAAAUUCGUUGAGUGACUUGAAGAGCUAUUAUGAAACUGAGAGCGACAAAGAACCUACGAGGAAGCUUUACAAACGAUAG